CUGUCGCGGCCAUGGCGUCCACCAUUCAUCAUCAACCCGGGGGGGUUGCCAAUCAAAUUUAUUACUCCUACAAGGACACCGUCACAGUCCACACAUGAGUGAGUAGUAGUGGCAGCAAUCGCAAUAGCAAUAGCAUCACGUUCACAGGAAGGAGAUUGCUAGUAGUAGUAGUAGCGGAGGAGACGCAACGAGACAAGCAAAGAAAGAGAUAGAGAUAGAAGACUCUGUGUAGUGUAGUGUGAGAGAGAGUGAGAGAGAGAGAGAAAGAAAAAGCUCUCCCUAGUCCCUAGUGCGUGGAGGAGUAGAGGUAGAGCAAACCACUGAACCACAUCGCCUUCUUUCUACUGGUUUCUACCGUGUUCUUGCUGCUGCUGCUGUUCUUCGUGAGCCUCCUCGACGACCUCGAUCUGCUUGUUUCUUCCCGGCUCCAUGGCGGCAGCGGCCGGGCCGUAGUGGAUUUUGUGGAUUUCAUUAUCAAAACGGGAAAUAGACUAUGGAUUCCAACGAGGGCUCUCAUCGUAUAACACGAAGUGGGAUUGUUAGGGCAAAACCUGCUGUCACGGCCGAUGGUAAGAUUGAGCCUGCUGGGGAGGGGUUACCUCAUGGAUGGUUGAAAGAAUACAGGCCUCGGAAGAACCAAUCUGGGUCUAGAGUCAAGGGUGAUACGUUCUAUAUUGAUCCAACCAAUAUGUAUGAAUUUCGUUCUCAAAAGGAUGUUCAACGGUAUCUUGAAUCUGGAGAUGUUACUAAUUGUGUAAUGAUACAAAAUAAGAGGAAAAUGGAAGACCUGCACACUGCAAGAAACCAAUCUCAUCAUACACGAAGACCAUCUGAUCACAGACAACUUGAUGCUGGUGAAGGGGCUACUCAAUGUGAUCUACCAAUAGCAAGAGGUAAUAGUGCACGGAGUGAUUUUUUGGUAAAUGCAAACAGUUCAGACAAUUCUGAAGAUAUGUCAUCAUCAGUGCCCAAGGGUGUGUCCGAAGGGAAACUUACACGGUUAAAGCUUCAGAAGGCAAGGGUUCCGAAUCAAUCCGUGGAGCAUGAAUCUUCCACAGGAGAAGUAGCAAAUAUGGAGCAUAAGCCCAAGGAAAAGAAACAGAAAACUAAACCUGUCAAACAGAUCUCUACACCUCUUCGAGCGUCACCUCGUUUAGCUGCGCUGAAGAUUAACCAAGAAGGCAAUAAUGAGCCCAAAGAUGAAGCUCUCAGCACAAACACAGACACUGCUAAUCAGUCACAACCAAAGUUGACCAAAAGUCCUAAAGCAAAGGCUAAUUCCUCUGUACUUCCUGAGAAGAGUGAUGGAGCACAUACUUCAAAUGCUUCUGAAAUUCCUCAAAACAAGUAUCCAUCAGCUACCGAGCAAAUGCAAGGAUCAUCUGUUCAUCCUCAACAGGCUGGAACAGCUGAUGCUAUGCCUGGGUCCGCCCUUUCAUCGUUAUUGCGAAGUAUCUGGUCAGAUCCAUGCCUCAAGUUUGCGAUCAAGACUCUUGCAGGUGACAUCCCUGCUCUAGACUUCAUUCCAUCACAGGACAUGAACAAAGGGACGACACCGAAUUGUUCCUCUUCUGCUUAUGAUGGUAGUAGAAACCAUGCGCAAGUCGACCAUGUCGGCAUGCCAAUGCCAAGGCCAUCAGAUAAGUUCUACGGCAGUGGCUGGUUUCCUCCCCAGUGAGUUCCAUCUGGGGAAUAUGUGGCAAAUCUUCUCACCUGCAAAAGCAAAUCAGAAGAAAGCCAAAGACUAACCAGCCUCACAGGCUUCUUAGAACUCCUCAUUAGGUACCUUGACAAGGAUGCAUGUUGCAAGAAAGACUGUAUCUUGUUGGAACUGUAGUAGAUGGUUCGUCACUAAUAAGUAAUAAUAACCUAAUAAUAUACCCCCAUCUUAUGCUAAACUGGACACUAUUUUCUGUCUGUCUGAAUUUGUGUAGUAACCUGACUACUAAUUCAUUUGUUUGUAUCAUUAGUGCAGACUAGAGAUGCUGAUUGUAUGCAGAUGCCUGUGCCAGAUUGUCAUGCUCAGGGUCACUGCUCUGCCAGCACAAAGACCCUUCAUGUGUAUUACUACUACAUGUAAUAAUAGCUUAGACAUUUGAUAUGGCAAUGUGCAUUGGACUAAGUUCUACCUAAA